AACGGUUUUUGUUUUCCUCGUCUCGUCAAAUUCAUUUUCACCGUUUCGCCGUUUGGACGCCCGCUCCGGGCCCGCUUGUACCGAAACAACAACUGGCGAAACCGUAAAGCCACAAAAAACAAUAAGGCCAGCGAGUGAGAAAGAGACGGGAGACGCGUGCGGAAGUCGGGCAGAAAAUAAGCAAAUAUUUUGUGUAAUUUUUGGGUGUAUCAGCGUGCUUCGAGUGCUUCCGAUUCGCAAUUCGAGACAGUUCUGUGGCCAAGAGUUCGUUUAUGAGGUGUUUUUUUAUAGCAACAAGCGAAGCAAGCGAAACGAAAAUAAAGCAGAGCACCCAAAGUGCAGGAAUGUCGAGGGAAUUUGCAUAAUUUUCGGGUCGACCCAGCCAAAAGUUGUAUAAUUCGCUCGCGAAAAGCAGGAGGUAGGCCCGGUUCACCACAAAUGGCCGGGUUAUGCCUCUCCAUUACCUCCAAAUCCACCACCCCAGCUGAGAGCCCAUCCAUGACCCAGACCAGAUCCCAAAAUAUUUCUCAAAAUGUCUAGUGCCCACUACCAGGCACUCGAGCCGCAGACUUCGGACGAGGAUAACGAGGACAUCGAGCGGAGGCCGCAUCAGAAGCGUCCCCGCUGCACCGCCGCCGCCGCCCCCCCACAUCCCAUGGUCAGAAAGGGCAGCGUGGGCGGGGGCAGACGCCGGUGUGUACUGCCCCUGGUGGGUGGUACCCUGUUCUUCAUCGCCUUCUGCUACCUCACCCUCAGCGGGGACACUCGAAUCGCCCUGGGAUUGGGCGGUGCUUCCGAGGACUCGGAGGAGGCAUCUCACCAGGGACUAGGUAAGCAGCUGUCCCGUUCCCCAGAAUGCCUAUUGCGGUAUACGCGCCAAGCAAGACCAGAAUUCCAGGGGUUCGGAAAUGUUUCAGUUCAAGAAACCGAAGUAGAUAAAUUUGAUGUCGAGCUUAAACGUCAAACGUCUAAGCCGAAAAAAGACCGAAGAAGGCAUCAUUUCAACCCAAAAACCCAUAGUAUGAAUUUUCGGCCACUCAAUGAAAGCCUGCAUGUGUGCAGCGAAAACUUUGAGGAUCACCGGAAGUUUAUGCAGGAUAAACCCCGUUCUGAUUACGAACAGUUGCCCGUGAUAUAUUUUGUUACCCCAACGUAUCCGCGCCGAGAGCAGAUCCCAGAACUAACGCGUCUGGCGCACACGCUGCUCCAUGUUCCGCGACUGCACUGGCUAGUGGCCGAUGAUCAGGAGAAAUGCAACGGCUAUAUGGACACCCUGCUCAACCGAUUCGGUAUUCCGUAUACUCACAUGGUGAGCCCUAUGCCAAGCAAGUUCCGGAAUGAAAAACCCGCCCCACGAGGCGUGGCAAAUCGCAGGGCCGCUUUGCAAUGGCUGCGGCAGCACAAUCUCACCAACGGAAUACUAUACUUCGGGGACGACGAUAACACGUACGACCUUCGACUAUUCACAGAAAUACGGAAAACGCAAAGGGUUUCCAUGUUUCCCGUCGGUCUGAUUGCCGAUUAUGGAGUCAGCGGGCCAGUAGUGCGAAAAGGCAAAGUUGUGGCCUUUCUCGACUCCUGGGUGGCAGGACGACGCUGGCCCGUUGACAUGGCCGGGUUCGCCGUGAGCUUGGAGUAUAUGGCGCAGUAUCCCUAUGUAAAUAUGCCGUAUAAGCCCGGCUACGAGGAGGAUCUCUUUCUGCGCAGCAUCGGUCUGAAAAUGGAUCAGAUCGAACCGCGUGGUAACAACUGCACUGAGAUUCUUGUCUGGCACACUCAAACAAAGUCAAAGAAGCUGGGCAUGGUCCGAUUGGAAAGCAAAUAUUUGGACGACCGCUCCAACCUGGGCGCCCUACUCCUCAAUCUAAAACUAAUGGGCGUGGCAGGUACAACGGAAAAUGAAGGACGCAAUGCACUGAUCAGCAAGAAUGGAAGGGAGAAGUCGCACUCUGCCAUCCUGAGCUGAGUCCCAGGAUCCAACAUCCGGAGAAGAGCACGAAUAAUACUCAUAGAUUUAUAAAGCUAAAUGUAUUAUAUUUCUGUAACAAACCAAUUCUCGAAUCUUUUGUAGUGUAUCCCGUUUAAUUUUCGUGCUUUAGUUAUCAGUCGUUUUUGUACUGCACAAUAUCUUGAUAUAUUUAUUU